UUUGAUUAGCGAUCGAUAAUACCAAGAAUCCAACACCCGCUUUCUCUCUCCUCAUCAUCGUCAACACUCUUGUUCUCUCCCAAUCUCUCUCUCUCUCCCGCACACACAAAUAUCUACAUACUAAUGGGCUUGAAAGAUAAAAAAUCGAAGCAAACGAACAGCAGCAAUCAGCAGCAGCACCAGAACGGUGGUCACUUUUCUCCUUUCAAAUUUGCUAAAUUGGUUGAUCCCGAUGCCUCCUGGGACAAGGAUCAAUUGGGCGACGUCCUACAUUGGAUCAGACAAAUAGUUGCCCUUUUAUGCGGGUUGAUAUGGGGUGCAAUUCCUUUGAUAGGUGGCAUCUGGAUUGUCAUAUUUCUAGUUAUCUCCUCUGCACUAAUUUAUGGUUAUUAUGCAAUGCUGCUAAAAGUUGAUGAAGAAGAUUUUGGUGGUCAUGGUGCUCUCCUGCAAGAGGGGCUCUUUGCUUCUAUAACGCUUUUUUUGCUUGCAUGGACUUUGGUUUACAGUCUGGGACACUUUUAAUGGCCUCAAUCUCAUCAAUACUGCAGCCUCUCUUUUUCCUACCUGUAGCUUUCUAUGAGUUGGCCAAUUUUAGGACUCAAGCACAUUGCUCCAGAUAAGACCAGGAAAUCCUGCAGUCCAAAUCAUUGAGCAUUUUGGAACCAUUUCUUCAGUCUGUGCAGUGUCAGCUUUCAGUGGGCUGGCAUGCUUAGCUUUUAAUGAUAUUUAGUUUUUUUUUGUACUCUAAUAGUUUCAUUGGCGGGAACUCAAUCAUGUUUUAGUCAAGUAAUAUUGUGUAUGUUGUAUUGAUUUAAAUGCAUUAUAAUUCCAUAUGUACUUGUGGGAGAA